AUGUCCAGGUGUUUUAGUUUCACAGGGACCAAAAACUGGUGGUUCAGGUCUACUUUUACAAGAUCAGGGCUCCAAUCCAGAAUCACGGACCUCAAGGAUGGUACUGUAAUGCACUGCUGGGUGCCUAAGACCCGAAAAGACUCCAAACCCGACCUGCUCCUAAUCCACGGGCUUGGAGCCAAUGCAUUAUGGCAGUGGGGUGACGUCAUCCAACACUUUGUUCCUUACUUCAAUGUCUACGUGCCGGACCUUGUGUUUUUCGGGGCCUCAUACACAACCCGGCCGGAGAGAACCGAGUCUUUCCAGGCCCAGUGUCUGAUGCGGGUCAUGGAGUCCCACUCGGUGCAGAAGUUUAGUCUAGUUGGGCUUAGUUAUGGUGGGUUUGUUGGGUAUAGUAUGGCAGCCCAGUUUAAGGAGGCUGUGGAGAGAGUGGUGAUAUGUUGCUCAGGGAUUUGUAUGGAAGAGAAGGACUUGAGUGAAGGGGUUUUUGCAGUUUCUGAUUUGGAGGAGGCUGCAAGAAUUUUGGUGCCACGAAGUCCUGACAAGCUUAAAGAAUUGGUGGGUUAUACAUUUUUCAGGCCACCUCCUGUAAGGUUGAUACCUUCUUGUUUCUUGGCUGAUUUUAUUGACGUAAAUGAUGUGGUUACAAUACAAUGUAUACGGUUAAAAGUAUACUUAAGAUUUGGUCACCUGGGGCAGGCAAUGUGUGGAGAAUAUGUGGAAGAAAAGAGAGAUUUGAUUCGAGCUGUUCCGAAAGACCGAAAGCUCUCAAAUAUUCCCAAGCUUACACAGGUUUGGUCAUCCUUUUCUAUAUGUGUUGGUGAGAUUGAAUUAGCCACUGAUUUGAUGAUGGCAAAAAGUCAAUUGAAUUGUAAUGCAGCCAACUUUGAUAAUCUGGGGAGAGCAUGA